AUGGUGGUCGCUCGUACCUCCAUGAUUCAUGCUCUGUGGCCGUCUGCGGUCCGGUACGCUGCGCAUCAGCUCAACCUCUGGCCCCAUGUCUACUUGCCAGAGACCUCGCCGAAAAUGCGUUGGACGGGAGAGAUUGGCGAUGCGUCGGUGUUCUGGGUCUGGGGUUCUCGUGCCUUUGACCACGAUACCUCCGCGGACAACCUCUCCUCCCGUGCCAUUCCCUGUGUCGUCCUUGGCUUUCCCCCUAACACGCUUGGCUGGCAGUUUUACCACCCCAACUCGCGCUGUGUCCUUCCCUAUCAGGCCGUCACGUUUGAUGAGUCGGUUCCCUUCUACCGUCUCUUCCCCUACCGCACUGCCCCUCUCCCUCCCCCGCCGCUUUUCCUCACACCAGGUCCUCCUCUGGUAGACCCCCUCCCCCCUCAGGGUCCUGCUCCCUUAGAGCCUGGGGUUGCUGAGCCUGGGGUUGCUAAGUCUUAG